AUGGCCUCGCCAGCCAAGUUUAGGGUCGCGGCCAUCGGCGUAGGCCGCCAAGGCAAGGUCCACGCCCUCAACUUCGCCUUCUCAACGCCCAAGGCGGACCUCGUCGCCGUCGUGGACCCGAACGAGGCCGCUCAGGACUGGGCACGCGCCAACCUACCCGCCGCCACCAAGGUCUUUGGCGGCGUGGAAGAGCUGUACGCACACUUUGGAUGCCAGCGGGGCGCGCCGCCUGGCAGCGCCGGCCUCGAUGCCGCGUGCAUCUCGACCGAGACGUCUUACCACGCCGCGCUGUGCGUCCAGGCCAUUGACUUCGGCCUGCACGUGCUGCUCGAGAAGCCCGUCUCGAUCGACAUCGAGGGCCACGUCCAGGUCGUCGAGGCCGCCAAGCGACGACCCGACGUCCGUGUGCUCGUCGCCCUAAGCCGCCGAUUCGACCCGACCUACCGCAACGCGCGACAGCGCGUCAAGGCGGGCCAGAUGGGAGACGUCCACCUCAUCCGCAGCGCCACCGUCGACCAGUACGACGACCGAGGCUGGUUUGUGCCCUACAGCCUCAAGAGCGGCGGCAUCUUCGUCGACUGCGCCAUCCACGACAUCGACAUCGCCCGCUGGUUCCUCGGCCUAAGCAAUGCUCAGGGCGAGGUGCCCCGCUCGCGGCCCUACCGCGUCACGGCGUCGGGCUACAAUGCGCGCCACCCGGAGCUGGCCCAGUACGGAGACGCCGACAACGCGCUGGGCACGGUGCUGCUCGAGGACGGACGCAGCUUCUACUUUCACCUCGGCCGCACCGCCGUCCACGGCCACGAGUGCGUCGCCGAAAUCUACGGCACCCAGGGUCGCCUGGUGGUCAAUGCCAACCCGCGCCUCGACCGCCUCGACAUCCUCGACAGCCACGGCGUGCGAUCCGAGUCGACCCCGUCCUACUGGGAACGCUUCAAGGACGCCUUUGUCGUCGAGGCCCGCGAGUUUGUCGACUGCUGCCUCGACCCCAGUCUGCCUCUGCCCGUGACCCUCGAGGAUGCGUUCGAGGCAGCCAGGAUCGCCACGGCGCUCACCAUCAGCCUGCGCAGCGGCCAGCCCGUCUACUUUGACGACAAGGGCGACCCAAUCCGACCCAAGGGAUGGGACGGAACCAGCUGCAAGAUCCCCAGCAAGGACGACGGCUACGUGAACACGGCCAAGCUAUGA